AUGGGAGACACAGGGCAAAUCUACAGUGUAGCUCCCAGGCCAGGCUGCCAACGGGUGUUGGAGGUGAAUGCAUGCGUUGGAUUUUCUUCAAUUCUACCGAAGGACUAUGGCAAGGAGAAGAACUCGGGGAAUCUUGCUGGCACGCAGGCAAGAUAUGGCCAAUAUCUCCAGGAUCUCUGCAGGACAAUACCACUACACCUCUGCAAAUCGUCUCCGGUCGAGGCCUACACGGACUAUGGAUGUUUGGAGACACAGGGCAAGCAAUGGGCGUGCAUCUCCGGUCUACCAGCCAUGGGGGCCAUGGCUAUUGAGAGGGGGGGGUAG